UGCGCAAUGGGCGCCCGUCCAAAUUCUCGCGGCGCGCGCGAGCGGCGGUUUCCGGCCGUCGGCCCCAUGGCGGCCCCCGGGAGCGGCGCGACCCCGUUUCUUGGCGGAGUCGUGGCGUAUGUGGAAGUGUGGUCGGCCAACGGAACAGAAAACUACUCCAAGACCUUCACGGACCAGCUUGUGCAGAUGGGGGCACAGGUUUCCAGGAAGCUCAGCAAGCGGGUGACGCACGUGGUCUUCAAAGACGGCUACCAGAGCACCUGGGACAAGGCGCAGCAGCUGGGCACAAAGCUGGUCUCCGUGCUUUGGGUGGACAGGUGCCGGCUGGCGGGGGAGCGCGUGGACGAGGCCCUGUUCCCCGCCACCAACACCCACAGCCGCGUCCCCAGCCUGGCAGGGAGGAAGCGUAAGUGCAUGCAGCCCAAAGACUUCACCCCCAAAACGCCAGAAAAUGACAAGAGGCUGAGGAAGAAGAUGGAGAAGAUGGCGCUGGAGCUGCAGCAGCAGAAGACGAGGCUGGAGGACGACCCUGUUCUCAUGUUCGAGUCCAGCGGGGCGCUGCUGUACAGCCCCACGGCCGCCCUGAGCCGCCAGCACCACUCCAUGGAGCAGAGGCUGCAGGAGAUGAAGGAGAAGCGGGAGAACCUGUCGCCCACCUCAUCACAGAGCGCCGAGGUGACUCACAGCCUCAACAGCGGUGACAGCGGUGAAGGCCAUGGAGACACCCCCUCUGCGGAAGCCCGUCUGGCCCCAUCGUACGACGCUGCAUGUCCGGACGAGCCCGUCGCCGCACGGCUCUGUGCGGGCCCGGGUGGCAGUGACGGCGGUGAGACCCUGAGGAUCAUGGCGCCACCCACCCCCCUUCAUCCCUGCACCCCUCGGCAAGGACCAACGUGGGCAGACACUGGCAUGGGCACCCCAGAGUGGCCCUCGGAGGGGACAGAUGAGAAGGGGUCUCCCUCCCCGGCAGCCGCCGAUCGAGACUGCAGCACAAGGCGGGCCCGGCCCCCCACGGCGCCCCCUGGGCCUCGGCUCCAGCUGUUCCCCCCGUCCCAGUCUCCCCCUUCUGACUGCGGGGAUUCCUAUGACGACUACUUCUCCGCCGACAACCUGAACGAGAGGCUCUCGCAGAAGCUUCUGGGCACCCCGCCCCCAGCCACUCUGGCGCUCAGCCACUGCAGAAGUCUCUCCAAGCGGGAGAGGAGGACCAUGUUAGAGACCUUGGAUUUCUCCUGCCUCGGGAAGAGCCCCAGGGCCACAGUUACGCAGAGCCGGGCCCCCCACGAGCCGCCCAGCCUGACGGACCUGAGCAGCACCCCCUCUGUGGGUGCAGGGGCGGGAGGCUCCCCCCUGUCCACACCCACCCCGCCGUGCCCCCAUUAAAGGUCCCCCCCUGUGCAAGGCAUGUCUGCUGAGUCCCAGCUCUGCAGGGCCCAAGUGGGCGCUCUCCCCAGGCUGCUUCCCGGGGGUUCAGGGGUGUUGUGUCCAUCCCUCUGGGUCAGGCGUGUACCAAGGGAAAGGGCCGAGUCCUGGCAGCCGCAUGCCCCCCAGAAGCUGGGUCAGUCUGCACCACCACUGCGCUCUGCAGUGGCGCAUGCCCAUGGGCCUCGUAGUCCUCUGUCUCGCCACACAGGGACCCGCUGAGAGCCUUGCUGGGAGCAUAUAGGCUCCCCGGGAGGAUUCCUCCGACCUACUGCCGCCCCCAGUGAUGGGCGCCCUUGGCCGUGUGGUGGGUCUGGGUGUGCCUGUGCCCACGGACGGGACCCUGAGAAACUGGCUGACUCCAGUGCGCCGGUCUCUCACCGACUGUGGCCCCUUCCCGUCACCCGCCAGUUAGCAGGACUUUGGUGUUGGCAAGAUGCUUUAUGGAACUUGUCCCUACAGAGGGUGUUCCCGUCACCCUUCAGCCACCUGUCACUACACAGGUGUUUCCGUCAGCUGUUGCUACGCAGGGUGUUCCUAUCACCUGUAGCUAACUGCAGAAGGUGUUCCCGUCAGGGAUUAGCUGACUGCAGAGGGUGUUCCUGUCACCCGUUAACCAACUGCUCAGCCGUGGUGUUCCCAUCACCCAUUAGCUGACUGUCACUGCAAUGGGUGUACCCAUCACCCUUUAGCCAACCAUCCCUGUAGAUGGUGUUCCUAUCACCCACUAGCCAACUGUCCCUGAAGAUGGUGUUCCCAUCACCUGUUAGCCAACUGUCCCCGCAGAGGGUUGUUCCAUCACCUGUUAGCCAACUGUCCCUGAAGAUGGUGUUCCCAUCACCUGUUAGCCAACUGUCCCCGCAGAGGGUUGUUCCAUCACCUGUUAGCCAACUGUCCCUGAAGAUGGUGUUCCCAUCACCUGUUAGCCAACUGUCCCCGCAGAGGGUUGUUCCGUCAGCUGUUAGCCAACUGUCCCUGCAGAGGGUGUUCCCAUCACCCGUUAGCCAACUGUCCCUGAAGAUGGUGUUCCCAUCACCUGUUAGCCAACUGUCCCUGCAGAGGGUUGUUCCAUCACCUGUUAGCCAACUGUCCCUGAAGAUGGUGUUCCCAUCACCUGUUAGCCAACUGUCCCCGCAGAGGGUUGUUCCGUCAGCUGUUAGCCAACUGUCCUUGCUGAGGGUGUUCCCAUCAUCCUCUAGCCAACUGUCCUUGCAGAGGGUGGUUCCAUCACCCAUUAGCCAACUGUCUCUGCAGAGGGUUGUUCCAUCACCUGUUAGCCAACUGUCCCUGAAGAUGGUGUUCCCAUCACCUGUUAGCCAGCUGUCCCUGCAGAGGGAGUUCCCAUCACCCGUUAGCCAGCUGUCCCUGCAGAGAGUAUUCCCGCCACCCGCUAGCCAACUGUCCCAGUGGCAUUUUCGUAGCUGACGCCUGCUGGUUCCCCUGUGUCAGUACACGUGAAGGGGAACAGAACAGCAUAUGGGCCCCUUGUCAUGGAAGUGGCCAGUUCCGCCCAGGGUCAUCCGGAGACACUGGAAACACUUAUUUUCAGACGGAAUUAGAGCACAAGGGUCCGUCAGUGCUCGGAUCGCUGAGCUGCUCUUCUCAGGGGGUUGCAGAGGGUUCCAGAUGGCCGCUGUCCACCGCUGGAGCCUGAAGGCGGGUGACUACAUGCAGGAAGCCACUCGCUGUCCACGAGCUGUGGCCCCAGGGACACUUCAGAGCUGCCACCGAGACCCUGGCGGGCUCGCACCUGGACUGAGGGGGAACCAGGCUC